AUGGCUGGAAUAAUGGUGAGUGCUUCUACUGGUGUGAUGAACUCUUUGUUGGGUAAGCUGACAACCCUCAUGGGAAAGGAGUUUGCAAGGCUGAAGAACCUGCGAAAAGAAGUGAGGUUCAUUAGCAAUGAGCUUGCCUACAUGAAGGAUGCUCUUGAUGGGCUUUCAGAUCUUGAAGAGCUAGAUUCACAAACUAAGAGGUGGAGAGACUCGGUGAGGGAGAUGUCCUAUGACAUUGAGGACAUCAUCGAUGACUUCAUGCAAAGCAUUGGUGAGAAUGGUAAAACUACUGGGCUUGUUAGCAAUACUGUUCGACGCCUCAAAACUUUGAGGGCUCGUCAUUGGAUUGCUGGACAAAUUGAAGAGGUCAAAAACUUGUGCUAG